GCCAAGAGCCCCGCUCCACCAGCUGCCACCGGAAUGCCCGUCCUGCUGGCACUACUCCUGCUGGCCACCACCACCUGCCCCAUGAGAGGCCAAGUCGCCACCAUUCCAUAUGAGCCUGAAAUCACUGCCCUGGCGCCGGAAGGGAACAUCACUUCUUCCACCUUUGUCCUAGAGCAGCCCCACUGUGUCUUCAACAACACUGUUAGCGACACCGAUGAGAUCUGGUUGGUGGUUUCCCUCAGUAGCGCGAUAUCCAAUUUCACCAACCCCACCUCCUUGCAAAGCCUCCCUCCCUUCUGGCAGUUCCCAGAGACCCCCAAUUACAUGACCAUGGGCACCUCCUCCUUAAACUACCCAUGUGAAAAGAGCUCGGGCCAGAUCACGGUGCUGCGCGUCGGGAACGAAACCGGGUGCGUUUUGGACAGAUCAAGACCAGAUUGCAACGGCCCCCUGCCUGGCCCAGGGCCCUACAGAGUGAAGUUCCUUGCGAUGAGUCCUGCAACUGGCCCCAAGGCUGAGACAAAGUGGUCAGCCCCCAUCACGCUGAAAACAGUGAAGGACCCCGCCAGCAUUGACACUUGGCCCGGAAGGCGUAGCGCGGGUAUGAUCGUCAUCACCACCAUCCUCUCCGUCCUCCUGGCUAUCUUGCUGGCCUGCUUCAUUGCCACGCUGGUCUAUGGAUGUUUGGACAUUUCCGAGAGCGCGGAGAUAAUGGGCAAGCAGGACCCAGUGACAGUGAAGAGAUACAACACCCACCAUAUCUACGACCAGCCUGCUUUCAAGAACUGAGCCCCUCCCACGAGACAGCCACCCCCUGCUACAACCCCAUCCCAUCAUGCGGGAGCUCCUCGGCCGACUCUCCGGCACAGCCUGUGUGCGCCGUGAACGGCACCGGGAGAGGCGGGGACCCAGGGACAGUGAUCCUGGUGGAACUCCCCUGCUUCUCUGCUGUAAUGGUGCCAGUAUCCGCUGAGAGCCCUUCCCCCUGCUCCUGCCAGGCUGUUUCUGCUCCCUCCCUUCCUCUCUCUGCGGCAUUCGUUAGCCGAGCUGAGUCCCAAGCCCCAAACCCAAAUACUCCAGUCCCAAGCUGCAGACUCAGAACCAGGUCCUCCUCCUACUGCUGAUCCACCGAUCACCCCUGACCUCCUGGGGGAGAUUUGACGUUGGUGUCAGUCUCUUGGGCUCGGGCGCUGUGUCAAGAACCCAGUAGCCUGGGGCCAGUGUUAUUUCCAAGUCUGUGGUACUUGAACCCAGGGGGCAGUGGCCCCCUGUGGGUCUCUGGCUGCAGAG